CUUAAACAGCAACAUCAUCCGAUUUGCUGGCUGAACUCAAACUGGGGACGAGGAGGUUUUAGGAAGACGGGAGGAUGGAGAACAUCUCUUCACAUAAAGACUUUAUCCUGGACGGCUUUGAAGAACUCGGAGCUCUGAGGCCCGUCCUCUUCCUCCCGUUCUUCCUCAUGUUUGUUGUGGCCCUGUUAGCAAACUCCCUGCUGGUGUAUGUGGUCAUUUCACAGAGGAGCCUUCAUCAGCCCAUGAGCAUCCUCAUCGCUGGCAUGGCCUGCGUAGAACUUUGCCUCCCAGUGUUUUUUGUUCCCAACAUGCUGCUCAACUUCCUGUUUGAUUGGAGGGGGAUCUCUCUGAUUGGCUGCCUGAUUCAGAUGCACUUCAUUCACUUUUUUGGAGCUUUUCAGACCACGUUCUUGGUAUGGAUGGCUCUGGACCGCUACUUUGCUAUCUGCACGCCCCUCUACUACCAUCAACACAUGGCGCUGCAGCGAUUCCUGCGCUUCAUCGUCCCACUUGUUGUCAGAAACGUGCUGAUCAUCACACAGUUUGUGAUUCUGGCAGGAAGACGGUCAUUCUGCACUAACGUGAUAAAACACUGUUUCUGUGAGCACAUGGCCUUGGUGGAGCUGGCCUGUGGAAGCACCGCCAUCAACAGCCUGGCCGGGUUGAUCGCUGUGUUCUUCAUUCCUGUGUUAGAUUUCUUCAUCAUCGCUGCUUCUUAUGUGGUCAUAUUUAGCUCGGUGCUGAGGUCCAGCAGGUCCGGCACCAAAGCUCUUCGCACCUGCAUCACACACAUCAUCGUCCUCACCUUCAGUCUGUCAUUGGCUCUGAUCGCUUUCCUGUCGUAUCGGAUCAGAAACGGUCUCCCUGCAGCCAGCCGGGUUUUCUUCAGCACCAUGUACCUGCUGUUCCCGAGCUGUUUCAACCCCAUCAUCUAUGGCAUCAGAACCGCUGAGAUCCGACAGCAAAUGCUAAAAACGCUGACCCGCUGGACCUGCUUCACCUAA